ACCUCUCGCAGCGCGGACAGCGGAUGAAGAUGCUGCUGCUGUGCUCUGCCUGGAUGCCGCAUGUCCGUUACCCAAACUUUCUGGCGCACACAUCAUAUCUUCGCUCGGGUACCACGGGCAGAUCACAUUACGUCCUGAUCAUAACAUCCUCUGCAACAGUUGCUACACGAAUGCUGUCCAAGGUGUGUGCAAAAGCAGUACAAACGCCAAUAUGUAGCGAUGUCGAUAUGUCACAUUAUGUCCAAGCAGAAUGUGUCACUACUUGACAAGAACUUAUAUUAUUGCACCCGUUAUUGUAGAAAAGAUCUCAGUCCAUUGGUACGACUGAGAUGUGGGUGCUUUGAAUAUAUGUUUCCUUCAGUUCUGACUCCCCGGUAGAUACUAGAUACACAUUUUUGUUGCAGAUACCAAGAAACG